UCCAGCCCUGAGCUGCAGCAGAGGGGAGCAGCCCUUGCCCACAGCAUGAGGAUCUGCUCCAGGGGCACAGCCGUGCCCACCCUGCUGCUGCUGCUGCUGCUGGGCACCGCGCCCACCCGCGCCCAGCCCUCCUGCCUCCACUUCCCCGAGCUCCUGCCUGCCAGGCUCAGAGAGCUGAGGGUCAAGUUUGAGGAAAUUAAGGAUUAUUUUCAAUCAAAAGAUGACGACCUCAGCAUCCAACUGCUCAGCUCUGACCUGCUGGAGGAAUUCAAGGGGAGCCUCGGCUGCCAGUCGGUGUCGGAGAUGAUGGGGUUCUACAUGGAGGAGGUGCUGCCCAGCGCCAUGAGGAUCAGCGCUCAGCACCAGCAGAGCAUGGGCGACCUGGGCAACCUCCUGCUGAGCCUGAGAGCCACCAUGAGGCGCUGUGUGAGUGGGGCUCAGCCGCGCGGGGACACGGCCGGGGCGGGCAGAGC